CGUUUUUUUUUUGUUCUUAGCCAAAGAAAAAAAAAACUCGGACACUCUCCCCUAAAUUGCAUCCCUCGUACACAGCCACGGACCUAUACUUACACAGAGAUACACAUAUAUUUAUCGUUAUACGCAGAGACGUGAUCCACUUGUUAACACAUUCGAUUGAAGCCCUAGCGUCGGCGUAUUUGAAUCGCGUUUUCUAGGCGGAGACGGAGGAUCCGAUUAUGGAGCGGAGAGAGAAUGGUCCGGAGAUGAAGCAAUCGGGUCGGGUCGUGGACGGACCCACGAACCCGAUGGUGACUCCUCUGCUCAACGAUCUCUACCAGUUCACCAUGGCUUACGCUUACUGGAAAGCCGGAAAGCACGACGAGCGAUCCGUGUUUGAUUUGUAUUUCCGUAAGAACCCUUUCGGCGGUGAAUACACCGUGUUUGCCGGCUUGGAAGAAUGCAUCAAGUUCCUCGCGAAUUUCAAAUUGACCGAGGAAGAGAUUGUUUUCGUCCGUGAUUCGUUGCCUGGUUGCGAGGAAGCUUUCUGCGAUUAUCUUCGAGGAAUUGAUUGUUCUGACGUCGAAGUGUAUGCCAUUUCGGAAGGAUCGGCUGUUUUCCCAAAGGUGCCUCUGAUGAGAGUAGAAGGUCCAGUAGGUGUUGUCCAACUGUUGGAAACUCCAUUCCUGAACCUUGUCAAUUAUGCAUCCUUGGUGGCUACAAAUGCAGCAAGACAUCGAUUUGUUGCUGGAAAAUCCAAAAUUCUGCUCGAGUUUGGUGCUCGAAGGGCUCAGGGACCUGAUGGUGCUAUAAGUGCGUCAAAGUACUGCUACAUGGGAGGGUUUGAUGCAACAAGCAAUGUUGCCGCCGGAAGGCUGUUUGGGAUACCUAUCCGUGGAACACACUCCCAUGCUUUUGUGAGCUCAUUCAUGAGCCUCGAUGAGAUUGUUGACAAAGCACUUCACAGUUCAGACGGAAAAAGCACGUGUGAAGAUUUCGUUGCUCUGGUUCAGACAUGGCUAACUAAAAUUCAGUAUUCGCCCUCUUUACGAGGCAUUUUUUCUGAGACGAAUCAAAGUGAGCUGGCGGCAUUCACUUCGUACGCACUGGCGUUCCCCAAGGCCUUUCUUGCCCUCGUAGACACGUACGACGUGAUGAAGAGUGGAAUUCCUAACUUCUGUGCAGUUGCUCUAGCACUGAAUGACUUGGGAUACAAGGCAUUAGGCAUUAGACUGGAUUCGGGCGACUUGGCAUAUCUAUCUACCGAAGUCAGGAACUUCUUUCACAUUAUAGAGAGAGAAUUUAAGGUGCCGGAUUUUGGGAAGAUGGGCAUUACCGCUAGUAACGAUCUGAACGAAGAGACGAUCGAUGCGUUAAACAAACAGGGACAUGAGGUGGAUGCCUUUGGUAUCGGGACCUACUUAGUAACUUGCUAUUCACAAGCCGCAUUAGGUUGUGUCUUCAAGCUUGUGGAGAUAAACAAUCAACCUCGUAUCAAACUUUCCGAGGACGUUACAAAGGUGUCUAUACCAUGUAAAAAAAGAUGUUACAGAUUAUACGGCAAAGAGGGUUACCCACUGGUGGACAUAAUGACUGGAGAGAAUGAACCGCCUCCAAAGGUCGGUGAACGUUUGCUGUGCCGUCACCCGUUCAACGAAUCGAAAAGAGCGUAUGUGGUGCCUCAGCGUGUUGAAGAGCUCUUGAAAUGUUACUGGCGUGGGAAUGCAGACAAAGCGAGAGAAGAGCUGCCCCCUUUAGAAAAGAUAAGAGAACGAUGCAUCACACAGCUUGAGAACAUGAGACCUGAUCAUAUGAGGAGAUUAAACCCUACUCCGUACAAGGUUAGCGUAAGCGCGAAGUUAUACGACUUCAUUCACUUCCUAUGGCUGAAUGAGGCUCCCGUCGGCGAGCUGCAGUGAAGAAAAAACGUCGGUAUUAUCAUCGGUUGAGAAAGGGCAAUGGAACGUGGGUAAAAAUGUAUAUACCACAGUUCAAAUUUACCUGGAUUCACCAUACUAGUUGUUUUACUGAAAAUCUUUACUAUAGACGAUUUGUCAGUUUGUUCUUUCCUUUUUGUCGGGUUUCAUCUGGUUACUUUGAUUGUGAUUUUUGUACCCGGAAGUAAACUAAAAGCUUGUCUGAAUAAAAUGAUUCUGUAUCA